CCGCAUGCAAAUGGACCUAAACCCCUGACAGCUGCUCCUUGGGCCUCCAACUCUAAGCCCCGUCUUCCCUCUCUGGGCUUGACCGAGACAUAGGGCAGCCUGAUCCCUCUGGUUCCAGCCUUCACAGCCCCAGCAGGACUCCGUGAGUCAUGGGGGCAAGGAGUGGGCCAAACCCCAGAUGGGAGCGGGGUCGGGGUUGCUCCCCGCUUCCCACCCUUGGUCCACUCAAAGCAGGGACAGGCCCGUCCAUCUUCCUCUCUGGAUCCCCUGUGCCUUUCCCCACCCCCCAGGAUCAGACCCAGGGGCAGCUGGUUGGGGUUUGUUGAGAAGAAGGAUUAUCCAGAUCAGUCCCUUCUAAUCUCAGCUCCUGCCUGCACCCUCCCCAUAUUCACCGUAACCCUCUUACCCCCCUUCCCCACAACUCUCAACUAAGAGUCAAAAUCUUGGGCAUUGACGAUGAGCCACCUCUCACCCUCCUAUUCUGGCUCCUGGACUGGUUGCUAGGCAGGCCCUGCCUGCCACGAUCAUCAGCGUUGGUGGGGGCAAGGGCCUGGCGGGGUGGGGGGUGGGGGGGCUGGAGCUGUGGUUGCUUCUGCUCUUCUGCCCCCCUCCCAAACCCCAAACUUUAAUCCUCACAGCUUUGCUCUAAUCCCAUGGGGCCUGAUGCUCUUAUCUCUGCCUACAGGGAGACUGGCCCAGGAAGCACCCCUCGGCCCCUCUUCCCUCCAGGGCUUGUGAGGGGCUGCUCCUCUCUAUAGCCCCACAUCCCUGUUCCCACCUACCCACCGCCCCAGGCUGGGCCCAAGUCUCUCUGGAAGCCGCACACCUCCCUUCCUGCCCUCUCCCCACACCGUUGCCAGCUGAUUUCAUUUGCCUGACGUCGUCGUUGUCGUUGCCCUACCCUUCUCUGUCAGUGCUCCCCCUGACCCCCCCCCCCCCAGAGUUGGGGCCAGGCCAGGCCAGCUCCUCUGGCAGCAGAGCCGGGGCAGGUGACGGGUUGGCGUCGCAGCUGAGAGGGUGAGGAAGCGCCUGGAAACCUGGGAGAGGUCCAGUCAGAGUCCAAGAGCCGGAGCUACCCCUCAACCUGUCAGCCAUGGGGGAAAUGGAGCAGCUGAGGCAGGAAGCGGAGCAGCUCAAGAAGCAGAUUGCCGAUGCCCGGAAAGCCUGUGCUGACAUUACUCUGGCAGAGCUGGUGUCUGGCCUAGAGGUCGUGGGGAGAGUCCAGAUGCGGACAAGGCGGACGUUAAGGGGACACCUGGCCAAGAUCUAUGCCAUGCACUGGGCUACCGACUCCAAGCUGCUCGUAAGUGCCUCGCAAGACGGGAAGCUGAUCGUGUGGGACACCUAUACCACCAAUAAGGUGCAUGCCAUCCCCCUGCGCUCCUCCUGGGUUAUGACCUGUGCCUAUGCCCCGUCAGGGAACUUUGUGGCAUGUGGGGGGCUGGACAACAUGUGCUCCAUCUACAGCCUCAAAUCCCGUGAGGGCAAUGUCAAGGUCAGCCGGGAGCUGUCUGCUCACACAGGUUAUCUGUCUUGCUGCCGCUUCUUGGACGACAACAACAUUGUGACCAGCUCCGGGGACACGACUUGUGCUCUGUGGGACAUCGAGACUGGGCAGCAGAAGACUGUGUUUGUGGGACACACAGGGGACUGCAUGAGUCUGGCCGUCUCUCCUGACUUCAAACUCUUCAUUUCGGGGGCCUGUGACGCCAGCGCCAAGCUCUGGGACGUGCGGGAGGGAACCUGUCGGCAGACAUUCACUGGCCAUGAGUCGGACAUCAACGCCAUCUGCUUCUUCCCCAACGGAGAGGCCAUCUGCACAGGCUCAGACGACGCCUCCUGCCGCCUGUUUGACCUGAGGGCAGAUCAGGAGCUGACUGCCUACUCCCACGAGAGCAUCAUCUGUGGCAUCACAUCCGUGGCCUUCUCCCUCAGCGGCCGCCUACUCUUCGCAGGCUAUGAUGACUUCAACUGCAACAUCUGGGACUCCAUGAAGGGCGAGCGUGUGGGCGUCCUCUCUGGCCACGACAACAGGGUCAGCUGCCUGGGGGUCACAGCUGACGGGAUGGCUGUGGCCACUGGCUCCUGGGACAGCUUCCUCAAAGUCUGGAACUAAGGAGGCUGGAGGAGGGGAGGUAAAAGGCCACGAAGACACAGCUGCCCCUCCCCUGCCCAAUUUUUUUCUAAGGUUUCUUUAAGUUUUCUCUUCUAUACCCUAGCUGCCAUUCCCACCCAGCUUUGUCCCUUGAGGGCGGUGGGGAAAAAUGGGGAGUCUGCCUUUGGGAGGCAUUAUCAGGGACAUGGGGGCAAAGAACUGCCCCAUCUCCUCCCAUGGUCUCCCCUCUCCACGGUCCUGCGGCUUCUCCCUUAAUAAGCAAGGACAACUGACCCCUCCCCAGCCCUUGGCAAGCCUAACAGGCUUCCAGUCUGAGGCCCCAGGCCCUAGAAUUCCUCCCCCCAGAGCGACUACCUUUAUCCAGAUCUGGGUGGCAGAGAGCACUCAGCCCUGUGACUAUGGCUCUGGCACCACUAAGAUCCUGUCCCUUGUCUCCUUCAUGAUCUCUCCCUUUUCUACCUUCUUUAUUUCUCUCCUAAAGCACCUGCAAUAAAGUGUACAGGCCUGGGA